UGCCUAGAAGAAAAGCGCGAGCACAGAAGCUCAGAGAAGUUAGGGAGGUCGAGCAGGGAAGGGUUGGUAGAAACCUCGAUCAGAUUUCCUUUCCGCUCGUCCUGGUCGCUUGGACCCAGGAGGAACGUCCCUGCUUGCGUCUAGGGGCGGACGGUGAACGCGCUGCGCACGGCCCCGCCAGGGCUGGUAGUUGGCAGCCCGUCCCUGCCGAGGCCCGCUCGCCCGGCAGCCCUGCGGCUCCCGCGGUGGCGGCAGCGGCGGCGGCCCCAGGCUCGAUCCAGCCCAGGUAGCCGCGCCUCAAGCUCUGGGGGCGCUGUGACCCCGCUCCUGGCUGCUCCUGGGACCCCCCUGUCCCCCAGAGCACGGCUGUUGGAGAGUGACCCCGACUGCUGCUGAUGGUGCCUCUGUUGCUCCCCUACUAGCAGGAGUGAUUCUUCACCGGAAGUGGACUUUGGAGAGGGGUUCAUUAGACCAGCAGAAUGGAAGCCAGGCAAGGAAAUCAGCUGACUCAGGAGCCGGAGUGAGAGCGACACACCCUCCGCCCCAGCCUGCACCAUGAACUUGCCUUCACCUUCUGCACGUUGAGAGCCAAGGGAGGGGUACAUUGCCAGAGAGAGAUGGCUUUCUUUACUCCCUGGAAGUUGUCCUCUCAGAAGCUAGGCUUUUUCUUGGUGACUUUUGGCUUUAUAUGGGGGAUGAUGCUUCUGCACUUCACCAUCCAGCAGCGGACUCAGCCUGAGAGCAGCUCCAUGUUGCGGGAGCAAAUCCUGGAUCUCAGCAAAAGGUACAUCAAAGCACUGGCAGAAGAAAACAGAAACGUGGUGGAUGGACCAUACGCUGGCGUCAUGACAGCUUAUGAUCUGAAGAAAACACUUGCUGUACUACUAGAUAACAUCUUGCAACGCAUUGGCAAGCUCGAGUCGAAGGUGGACAAUCUCGUCAAUGGCACAGGAGCAAAUUCUACCAACUCCACCACAGCUGUCCCCAGCUUGGUAUCGCUUGAAAAAAUUAGUGUGGCAGAUAUCAUUAAUGGAGUUCAAGAAAAAUGUGUAUUGCCUCCUAUGGAUGGCUACCCCCACUGCGAGGGGAAAAUCAAGUGGAUGAAAGACAUGUGGCGCUCGGAUCCCUGCUACGCAGACUAUGGAGUGGACGGCACCUCCUGCUCCUUUUUUAUUUACCUCAGUGAGGUUGAAAAUUGGUGUCCUCGUUUACCUUGGAGAGCAAAAAAUCCCUAUGAAGAAGCUGAUCAUAACUCAUUGGCGGAAAUCCGUACGGAUUUUAACAUUCUCUACAGCAUGAUGAAGAAGCAUGAGGAGUUCCGGUGGAUGAGACUUCGGAUCCGGCGAAUGGCUGAUGCGUGGAUCCAAGCAAUCAAGUCUCUGGCAGAGAAACAAAACCUGGAAAAGAGAAAACGGAAGAAAAUCCUUGUUCACCUGGGGCUCCUGACCAAGGAAUCUGGCUUCAAGAUUGCAGAGACGGCAUUCAGUGGUGGCCCUCUUGGCGAACUGGUUCAGUGGAGUGACUUAAUUACAUCUCUCUACCUACUGGGCCAUGACAUCCGGAUCUCGGCUUCACUGGCUGAGCUAAAGGAGAUUAUGAAGAAGGUUGUUGGAAAUCGGUCUGGCUGUCCCACUGUAGGAGACAGAAUCGUUGAGCUUAUUUAUAUUGAUAUUGUGGGACUUGCUCAAUUUAAGAAAACUCUAGGACCAUCCUGGGUUCACUACCAGUGCAUGCUCCGAGUGCUAGAUUCCUUUGGAACAGAACCUGAGUUCAAUCAUGCAAGUUAUGCCCAGUCGAAAGGCCACAAGACCCCCUGGGGAAAAUGGAAUCUGAACCCGCAGCAGUUUUACACCAUGUUCCCUCACACCCCAGAUAACAGCUUCCUGGGCUUCGUGGUCGAGCAGCACCUGAACUCUAGCGACAUCCACCACAUUAAUGAGAUCAAAAGGCAGAACCAGUCCCUUGUGUAUGGCAAAGUGGAUAGUUUCUGGAAGAAUAAGAAAAUCUACUUGGAUAUCAUUCACACGUACAUGGAAGUUCAUGCCACUGUUUACGGCUCCAGCACAAAGAACAUUCCCAGUUACGUGAAAAAUCAUGGCAUUCUCAGUGGGCGUGACCUGCAGUUUCUUCUCCGGGAAACAAAGCUGUUUGUUGGGCUGGGAUUCCCUUAUGAGGGUCCAGCUCCCCUAGAGGCCAUUGCAAAUGGAUGUGCUUUCCUGAACCCCAAGUUCAGCCCUCCCAAGAGCAGCAAAAAUACAGACUUCUUCAUUGGCAAGCCGACCCUGAGAGAGCUGACGUCUCAGCACCCUUAUGCAGAAGUCUUCAUCGGCCGGCCACACGUCUGGACCGUGGAUCUGAACAAUCGAGAGGAAGUAGAGGAUGCCGUGAAAGCCAUCUUAAACCAGAAGAUUGAGCCGUAUAUGCCGUAUGAGUUCACAUGUGAAGGGAUGCUGCAGAGAAUCAACGCGUUCAUAGAGAAGCAGGACUUCUGCCAUGGCCAGGUGAUGUGGCCUCCCCUGAGCGCCUUGCAGGUGAAGCUGGCUGAGCCUGGGCAGUCCUGCAAGCAAGUGUGCCAGGAGAACCAGCUCAUCUGUGAGCCAUCCUUCUUCCAGCACCUCAACAAGGAAAAGGACUUGCUGAAGUACAGAGUGACCUGCCAAAGCUCAGAACUGUACAAGGACAUCCUGGUGCCAUCCUUCUACCCCAAGAGCAAGCACUGUGUGCUCCAAGGGGAUCUCCUGCUCUUCAGUUGUGCCGGGGCCCACCCCACACACCAGAGGAUCUGCCCCUGCCGGGACUUCAUCAAGGGCCAAGUGGCCCUAUGCAAAGACUGCCUAUAGCAUAGCUACUCUGAAUUCAUUCCGAUGGGAAAGAGGUGGCUCCACUGGGCAGGGCCAGGGGGCCGAAGUCAUUCAGGGACUCUGACCAGAGCCCAAACUCUUUGGUCCAGGGCUUGGAUUUGGUACUGCUCCAGCUGCAGCCAGCAUAUCCCAGGAGUUUACACCAAAACCACAAGAGAACAGAGGUCAGACCAGGGGCCUGGCUUCUCCCUGGUGCAACGAAUGUCCUCUCUGUCCUGGAAAGUGUCCAGGCAGCUGCUCCUCCGGGUUUUUUUGUUUUUUUGUUUUUUUAAAGAAAGGAUAAGAGUUGGAGACUCAUUCAACUGAAAACAAAACAGGAAGAGGAAUUGAGCUGAUUGGAAAGAACUUUGGGGACAUUCCUAAACCCAUUAAUUUAUUUAUUUGGGAGAAUGGGGGUGGGGGUGGGAGGGAGAAAAGGGGUUGAACGGUUUCCUUUUUAUCCCCCACCUUUAAUCGCCCACCUUCAGGAUCUCCUUGUUCUGCUAGCAUCAAAUAGGAUGCAGAUGGGCUGGUGGCUUCCUUGAGGGCAGCUGUGGGAGCCUGGCUCCUGGUGGCAGGUGGCAGGACAGAAAAAAAAAAAUUGUAAAAGUAGGGAUGUGGCUCAGUUUGCAGAAUGCUUGCUUAGCAUACAGGGAGCCCUGGGUUCCAUCCCUAGCAGCACAUAAAACCAGGUGAACAUCUUAAUCACAGGUAAGAAGUAGAGGCAGGAGGAUCAAACAUUCAUGGACAUUCCUUGGCUACAUAGCAAAGUCAAGGCCAGCCUGGGCUACAAGAGACCCUGUCUCAGAAAAUAGAAAAAAAAAAAUUCUUUGAUAACACGGCCAGCCACUGUCAAAGGAUUGUCAUAGAGCUGAGGAACCUGUGUGUUGCUUGGCAGGUAGCAGCUAAAAGGCAAUAACCUUGGUGGGGACAUGCCUGCGUGUCCUGAGGGCCCUGCCAAGUGCCAAAGACAGGCUGGGUUGUGGAUGAGAGAGGCUGCUUUCCUGUGUGUCCCCUUCCCACCCACCUAUACAGCUUGGCUCUAAUUUCUGGUUAGAAUUCCUUUGUCAAAGAAACACAGGACUGUGUAAUUCUUAUUUGCUGCUGUGGUGAACUGGCCCUCCCUCACUGUAAGGAAAGUAAAAACUGAAGACUCCAAGAGCUGCCAUUAAACAGGGGUGGGGGGUAGGGGUUCUCUAGCUCAAAAUGGCUAAGAUUUGGAAAAGAAUGAUGUCCUAGAGUUAGUAUCUCGAGGGGGGAUUCGUGCUGUGUCCCCAUUGAUGUCUGAUAUUGCUGAAUUCCAGGGAACGGGGCUCCCUAUCUCUAUGAAUUUGAUGGUUUCUGGGGAGGUAAGGACAGCUCAGAAUGAAGGCUAGGUAUUGUCCUGGCUGUUCCCCAGUGGGUGUGGCUUACAGAGGGUGGAAGACUGGAGCUGGGUUUUACUUGAAGCACUAUUCUUGGGAGUUUGAAUAGCUCUGUAGAAGACCUGGCAGCAGGCUGGCCUCAUCAAAUAUGCUGGAAUCCCUACUUCUCACAACCUGGGGCCCUUUUGUGAGUCCCUCCCUGCUGAAGUAUUGCUUCUGUCUCUGUACAUUUGUGAGUUUCUAGACACACCUCCCAUACUUCUCUCCAUGCUAGUGAAUGAACUGACCCUUUUCUACCUCUUGCAUUGUCCACCCAGCCCAACUGGUAAAGUAGACUUCCUGGCCUGCUGGUGCUGCCCAGCACCUCCCUGUGGCCAGGUGGAGCUUCUGCCUUGCUGAAAAGCAGAGCAAGGCCCAUGACUGGCUGGGCCCUCCAGAAGCAACAGAAAGGAAGAUUCAGCUUUGUGGCGACCAAGAGGUGGGGCUUGUAGGUCUGGGAAAUCUGAUCUGCUUGCCUCUUAGUUUCUACCUGGGUGCAUACAUCACUCCAAUUACACCUCCGGCCUUUUUUCCCAUUAGGCCCUAAGAUAGGCAGCUCAAAGGGCUGAGCUUCUGGUCCUAGAGAAUGAAGUGAAAUGGGGAGGUGCUGCUGGAGGCUGGGGGGCAAUGGCAAGGGGAUCCUAUCCUAAGCACUGACAGGGGUCCUUCAAGGCCUGGCUGGAAUCAUCUCCACCCUGGUUGAGCCACCAGGCAGGUGAAAGUUAAAAGGCCUAGCUUAGAAGUGUGUUUAUAAAGUCUUACAAAGGUGGUUUCCUGCAGCAGGGUGGGAGAAAACUGGCAGACUUACUGUGAAGAUGGACUUUUCCCUGCACCCCAGAAUUGUGGCACUCUGCCAGUUUUCCAGACCUGAAAUUUCUAGGCAUGUCCACCAGGAGUCCAAGGAGCUAUGAGUGACAGUGCUGAUGUUCCACCAGCAGGGGGUGCCCAAAGCUGAAAUGAUCCCCACCUGCAGAAGCUGCCUGGCCCUGAGCUCAGUGUCUCUCCAUCUUCCGAUUACUCCUCUCCAGCUCAAGACCCGAGUCACACAACCCAAAAGAGUUCUUUCUCCCAUGUAAUAAAUUCCCCUCUGGUUUUAGACAGAAGCAAGCCUCACUUCCCCUGGUGGGCUCCUGCUCUUGAGGCUAACCAACUCCCCUCUAGUGGUUAAGGGCAUUAUGAACAGGUGGGUGGUCCCCAUAAUAUACAACAGCUCCCAGGCCUCCUCAGAGUUAGCAAGGUGUGGCCAAGUGACCCUCUGGGGAAACUGAUGGUGAGGGUGGGGGACAUUCUGCCUGUCAGGUGUGGAAAUCAGCAAGGAAGGAACCCACAGCCUUGGCUAGAAGCCCAUCCAUUGACGAUCUUGUAGAAACCUGGGCCUGUGUGUAAUUGAACUUUCCACCGGGAGAGAAACUGAAAUCAGGUCUUGUGUUUACCUGCACUGUAAUCAGAUCUCGGCUGGCCUUUGGAGUUAGUUUCCCCUUUAUGGUGUUAGGCUCUUAAAGCAGGGGGAGCCCUUUACAUAACCUAUUAAGAGAGAGAAUGCAUUUCUUCAGAAGGUGAAGGCCUUGUCAGAGCAAGAACUCCUGAGAGGGGCAGUGCCUCAUUGGAUCCCAGGCCACACUUUGUGCAUGUGGUCUGAUUUCGUGUACAAGUGGAAACGCUUUGACUGUUUCAGUUUUGUUUUGUCUCUGAGGUGGAUCGUUCGCUUUAGGUGUCUGGUGAGUGUUUGGAAAUAUUUGUCUAUUUCUUUGGUGGCACAUGUCUUCCUGACAUGUCUUUUCAUUCCUCUCUGGGGUUGGAUUUUGAAGGCUGGGUGCUGUUGAAGGCUGAUAGAAGAUUGCUCCAGCCUGGAACAACUAUGUGUGUCCCCAGUAUGUGUACCCGCACAUGGCUAUUUAUGUUCCCAGUGUAUGUGUGCCCCUAAGACUACAUUUAGUGUGUGUGUAUAUGUGUGUAUAUGUUCCUGGCGUGUGGCGUAUGUACAUGUACCCCCAGAAUAGGGCUGAAGGUGCCAAGAAUCCUUUAGCUGGCAUCCCUAGGACCAGACCCUAUCUCUUGACUCUUAUGAUGACCAACAUAGUGAAGGGCCUCAUUCCCCAGUUGCCCUGGCCCUGGCUGACAUGUUGCUAAGGCAGAAAACCAGCCUUGAGGCCAUCUGUGUAGAAGCAGUAGCCUCCAGACACUUCAGCUAGUUAGCAUGAUAGAGAGGAGCGAUGUCCACUUACUGCUUUCUCUUCCUUAGUGAAUGAAUGUGGUGUUGGCUGCAGUACUGCUCGCUGGUAAUAACCUAUCAGUGAGUUGGGUCACACUGAACCUAUGUGCUAUGUGCUGUUUAUAGAUGAAUGUGUGUGCUUUGACUCAGACCAGGGUGGUUCACCUAGAUUGUGUGUAAUUAGGCACCUCCAGCCUCUCCCCAACUUCUUGAUGGAAAAGGAAAAGCCAAGUGUUUUGUUAACGACAGGCUCUGCUGUGUGUGUUACUUGCUAUUCCAAGCCUGGACUGGUUUAUUUAUUUAAAACUAUUUUAAUUUCUCUAUUGGCUUUAUUCUUAUCCCAUCUGUCCCUGUGUCGCUGCAGAGUAUGUCUUUGUUAGAGUAGACGGAUGGCAGAAAUAGGUUUAUAGUCAUUCAGGAAGCUCGCAGCUUGGAGCCGAGGAGGAGCUCCUUUCAUUCUUGUUGCCUUCAACAGAAAGUGCAAAGUCAAGCUUUUUCAGUUUGGAUUUUGUUUUUGACAUUUAGCAAAAGACCAAAUUAGCUGUAUAGCCUUGGAAACAGAAAAUAAGAAUUGCUCUAGUUCUCUUAGCAUUUAGGGUUCUGUGGGGUCCCAUGUUUAGCACAGCGCCCGGCUCGUAGAAAGCCUGGCAUAUGUUCAAUAUUGAUAUUAGUAGUAAAUCAUGAACCUUGAGAAAUAAAGAGCUGCGCUCACCCCCAUCUGUUGAUUCAAACAUGAUGGUCACAUAGAAAAUCUUGUUGAGUAGAUCAGAUGGUAUAGGAAUUAAUUGUUCCAAAUGUGUAAGCUCUGUGCCUACCCUGCUCGCUGGAAUUCUAGUGUCUUCUUGAAUAUGCUGAUUGGAAAAUAUGCCAGUCUUCAGCACUCCGUGAAACAAAACUGAAAGAAUUUAAGUGAAGUUGAACCCACCAGUAUGUUCUGGAACAUUCCAGGGGUUUCUUUGGGGAACUUUUUGAGCUCAAAAUUAAAAGUUCUCUCACAAGUUGCACUCCUUGAA